AAACUAAAAAAGAAUUUAUUUUCGUACAGGAAAAUAACUUGAUUGGAAGUUCAGUAAAAUGACAAUCUUGUGAAACAAAAGUCGAGUUGAAGCAAAAAUGAAAGAUACUGUAAAUAAUAUUACGCAGGUAAACCGAUUGCUUUUCAAUGUAUCGUGUAGCGGGCCUCAGACCGCAGAAGAUAUUUUUACUUAUUUGUUAACUGACAGCUUCAAUAGGUUUUCUACAUUUCUUGCAAUUCUCAAUAUUAUCGCUAUUUUGCCGACAAUAAUAUUAAAUGGGAUAAUUGUAAUCGGUUUUAUUCAGCAGAAAAAAAUUCGAACAAGAUCAAAUCGACUUCUAUUUAGUAUAUGUAUAGCUGACUUCCUAGUGGGAUUAAUUGUUGAGCCCAUUAUGAGCGCUCAUAUUAUAAAAGUAACAAAGAGAAACCACGAUUGCGGCCUUUCAAAUUCACUGGUAUACCUUAUACCAGUACUGCUAAUAAUCACUAUGAUAACGCAUACUCUGAUAGCGAUAGAGAGACUCUGCUCUAUACGUCAACCUAAUACUUACCAAAAAAUAUUUACGAAAAGAAAUAUUACAUGGUCCAUGGCGUUUAUUUGGUUGAUCGGUUUCUUAGGUUUCGUGGUACCUCUCCUUUCAGGUAAUGCUAUCAUAGGAAUAAAAAUAUUAUUUGGUCUUAUUUUUUUUUCCCUGGCUAUAUGUUCCUACUGUUACAUAACACUUUAUCAGGAGCAUACAUGGAGAAAUGGACGUCCUGUAACCAAAAUCCAAGGUGCAUAUGUUGUCCGAACUAUGAAAACCAAAGAUAGAUCACUAGAAGAAGAUAAUAUGCUUACAAUAAAUUUAGAGGAUGCAGGGUUUUUCUCAAAACUAUAUAUAUGCAUGCUGGUAUUUUACGUAAUAUAUCUCAUAACCAAAAUUUUAAAAGCUUACAACGUGUUUAAAGGAAACGACCACUUUAGUGUACAGUAUGUAUUUGAUACUCUAUUAAACUUGCAUAGUUUAGGUAAUCCCUGCUUAAUUCUGUUUUUAAAUGACACAAUACGCAGAGCAUCGUUCGACGUGUUUUGGAUAUAAAAAUUUGCAUUUAAACAUAAAAAACAGUAAACAAAAAGACUCACCAGUAUCCAACUUUUUUGUAAGCAGGAUCUCUAUACUGAUCAGAUGGUUUAGAAAAUGGAACUCUGAAAUAUCUUUGAGCAUUUGAGUUUGUGUUUUUGGAGGUUUCGAUCCUUGGAAUAAAUGAAGACACUUCACCUAUAUGAAUCAUGAAUAUAGAAUAUAUAUAGAAUCAUGAAAUGUAUAUAAGAGAUUUAAAUUUAGAAUUUUUAAACAACUUAAGCAAAAAGUACUACAUAAAAAUAAAAUCAAUAAAACUUAAAAGAUAUUUAUGUCCUCUUUGCACUGGUUUUCCAUUACCUUCUUGCUCCCUAUGCACUAGUUUUUCAAUUAACAGAUUGUAAAAUUUAAAUUUUUUUGAAUUUUAAAAUAAACGCAGAAUUGUUAUAAA